AUGGAGUUAAGUCCUACUGCUGUUCGUACAUCAGAGGUUUUAUGCAAUUUUCUUGAGGCAGUUGAUGCAAAAUUACAUUUAUUAACAGAAGAACUUCUUCCUCCUCUUAUAGACCCUCCUCCCUCCUCUUCUUCUUCUUCUUCUUCUUCCUCAGCAGCAGCAGCAGCAGGAGCAGCAGCAGGAGCAGCAGGAGCAGCAGGAAUAACACCAGACGAGCAAGGAGCAACUGGAUCGAUUGUGGAUCAGCAGCAGCAGCAGCAACAGCAGCAAGAGCAGCAUCAGCAGCAUCAGCAGCAGCAGCAGCAGCAGGAUUAUGAGCAGGAGCGCAUAUGGCAUUUUGCACUUUAG